AUGACCAGCCCCCAGCCCCCCGGCGUGAGCAGCUACAACGCCACCCCCGGGCCCUGGGACCCGGCCCUGCCCGUGGCCGCCGGUGUCGGGGGGGGCCCCGUCUGGCUGUCGGUGGUGAACAGCGCGGUGAAGAUGGUGCUGAUCUCGGUGAUCGUGUGUCUAUCCCUGUUCGGCAACGUGGUGGUGCUGCUGGUCUUCCAGAGGAAGCCCCAGCUGCUGCACGUGGCCAACCGCUUCGUCCUCAACCUGCUGCUGGCCGACCUGCUCCAGACCGUGCUGGUGAUGCCCUUCGCCAUCGCCGCCACCCUGCCGGGCAUGUGGCCCCUGGACGCCCGCCUCUGCCAGGGCCUGGUGGUGCUCAUGCACCUGUUUGCCUUCGCCGGCGUCAACACCAUCAUCGUGGUGUCGGUGGACCGCUACCUGGCCAUCAUCCACCCGCUGUCCUACCCCACCCGCAUGACCCCGCACCUGGGCACCAACCUGAUCGCGGCCACCUGGGUGGUGAGCCUCAUCCAGAGCACGCCGCCGCUCUACGGCUGGGGCGCCAUCGACUUCGACCGCCGCCACAACGUGUGCUCCGUCAUCUGGUCGUCCAGCCUGUCCUACUCGCUGGCCGUGUGCGUCUUCUCCUUCUGGCUGCCCGUGCUCAUCAUGCUCGGCUGCUACUGGAUGGUGUUCCGGGCGGCGCGCCGGCAGAACGCCCUGGUGCACCCCGUCCAGAGGCACUCCCCGAACCCCCAGCCGCAGGAGGCCCCCCCGCCGCCGGUCCAGGGGCCCGGGUCGGACGCGGCGCCGGUCGCCGCCCCGCCGCCGCCCCCUGGGUACCAGGUGCGGGUGCGGCACAGACGCUUCCACUACCACUGCAAGGCGGCGCGGGUGGUGUUUGUGAUCAUGGCGUCGUACAUCGUGAGCAUGGGCCCCUACAGCGUGCUCAACACCGUGUCCUCGCGCUCGGGGGCCGCCGUGCCCCCCUGGCUGUCCUCGCUGGCGCUGGUGCUGUUCUUCGUGCAGUGCUGCCUCCACCCGUACAUCUACGGCUACAUGCACCGCAGCGUGAGGAAGGAGUUCCUGGCCCUGCUGUGCGGGCCCCUGUGCAGGCAGGGGGCCCCCAACCAGAUCUCCGCCAUGGAGAGCUGCCGGACGGCCGCCGACGGGCGCUCCGGCCCCCAGGGGGGCCUGGUCCCCGGCCUGGCCAAGCGCGUCUUCCCCCUGCACACGUGGGAGGAGGUGACCACGUCCUCCUCCCCCACCUUGGACAGGAGGUCGAGGGACAGCCGCAAGGAGACCACCUCCGUCAGCCUGAGCCCGGAGAGGGAGGUCCCUGUGGGGAACGCCUGA